AUGGCUGAAGUAAUGAACUUCAACCCAGACGUUGGAGAAUUGCGUACCCAGUGCUAUCUAAAGCUUGGAGAUGUGCGACAGGGCGUGCACAAAAUGCAGUAUGGUGUUCGUCUACUCAAUGACAACCGAGAAGAUUUGUUAAAGUUGGUGCAGCUCAUGUACGAUUCUGGUCUGGCGGUUCAAUCUGUGGAAGAACUCCACGAAUGUCCUCAGCUGGAUCAAGAUGAUAGGAAUUGUAUGCAAUCACAUAUAGUCGCCAAGAAAUUAGCCAAAGCUAUCACUUAG